UAUCAAGGAGGUAUAUAAAGAUAUACGACCGUCUUACCGCUUCCUCGCCCCUUUAACUUUGUUCUGAGUCUCUUCUCAUUUACUUGCCUAACACAAGCCCUAGCACUUUAUCACUUCAUAUCGAAACUCGUCCUUACGCAAAAUGGUACAUCUUGCUAAGGUACCCGCCAACGGGGAAAUCUCCAACCUGCCGGAGGCCGUCAAGAAGAUCAACCUGCAGCUAAGUAACGACGAUGAUAGCUACACAACAAGCGUCUAUGGCUCUAGGUUCGCCGCGGAAGACCUCCCUAGGCAUGAGAUGCCCGAGGGUGAGAUGCCCAAGGAGAUUGCCUACCGCAUGAUUAAAGACGAGCUGAGCUUGGACGGCAACCCAAUGCUGAAUCUUGCCUCAUUCGUUACCACUUACAUGGAGGAAGAGGCUGAAAAGCUCAUGGCCGAGAGCUUCUCCAAGAACUUCAUCGAUUACGAGGAAUAUCCACAGUCGGCCGAUAUCCAAAACAGAUGUGUAUCCAUGAUCGCCCGGCUCUUCAAUGCGCCUACAGAACAUGAAGAGGGCGGUGGUGCUGUUGGUACCUCAUGCGUAGGUUCGUCGGAGGCUAUCAUGCUAGCUGUACUAGCUAUGAAGAAGCGUUGGAAGAACAAGCGCGUAGCCGAGGGCAAGUCUACCGACAAGCCCAACCUCGUCAUGUCUUCAGCCGUACAAGUGUGCUGGGAGAAGGCGACGCGUUAUUUCGAGGUCGAAGAGAAGCUGGUCUACUGCACGCCAGACCGUUACGUUAUUGACCCUAAGGAAACAGUCGACCUCAUCGACGAGAACACCAUCGGCAUCUGUACUAUCUUGGGUACCACCUAUACCGGCGAGUACGAGGACGUUAAGAGCGUCAACGACCUACUGGUAGAAAGGGACCUCGAUAUCCCCAUUCACGUCGAUGCCGCUAGUGGUGGGUUCGUUGCCCCUUUUGUAGUUCCGGAUUUAGAAUGGGACUUUAGGCUUGAAAAGGUCGUCUCUAUAAAUGUCUCGGGCCACAAGUAUGGUUUAGUUUACCCCGGCGUUGGCUGGGUCGUGUGGCGGGAUGCGAAAUACUUACCCCAGGAACUCGUCUUCAACAUAAAUUACCUUGGCGCCGACCAAUCGUCCUUCACGCUUAACUUCUCCAAGGGUGCUAGCCAGAUCAUCGGGCAGUACUACCAGCUGAUCCGGCUAGGAAAGAAGGGAUACCGGGCCAUCAUGUCGAACCUAACACGCACGGCCGAUUAUCUAUCCGAAGCCCUCACGGCGCUAGGCUUCGUAAUCAUGAGCAAGAAGUCAGGCGAAGGUCUGCCGCUAGUUGCCUUCCGGUUGCCGGAUACCACAACGGAGCGUAACUAUGAUGAGUUCGCGCUGGCGCAUAGGUUACGUGCCAAGGGCUGGGUAGUGCCAGCGUACACCAUGGCGCCACACACUAACGACCUUAAGAUGCUUCGCGUGGUCGUCCGCGAGGACUUUUCCAAGAACAGAUGCGACUCCCUUAUCUCAGACAUUCGGUACUGCCAGCAGCUGCUUGAACAGCUGGACAAGGAGUCUAUCGCUAAGCAAGAAGAAUUCAUCCGCAAAAACGCCAUGAACAGCGUGCAGGCAAAGCACAACCAUCCUCGAUUCCGCAAAGAAAAACAUUCGAUCCAGGGCAAGCACGGCAAGACGCACUCGAUCUGCUAGAACUAGUCGGUGUGUGGGUGCCUUGCGUUUUUGGAUUUGAUAGCAUUAUGUUAAAAGGGCGAUUGGCAUAAGGAAAACUGGGUAGGUUAAAUCAGUAUAUAUAGAGCUCUUCGCGGAUAUAUUGGCCGAUGUCUUAUAGAUGAUUCUUACGAUGGUGAUAAAUACCUCUUACGAUGGACUGACAACGAUGAUGGUUACUGGUACGUGCCUCCUAAGAAAAAAAAAAAUUUUAGACCUCAAUUAUGAGAGCAGUCGCUUUCUGUUUUCAUCGCUAUCCUAUGUUCGUGAAGUGUUACUAGGGAAC